CCAAGUCAAGCUUUCCCAGGGUGGAUAGACAACUCUCUCUGGCCGCCAUAGUUCUCGCUGACCUAAUCCUUGCGCAUUUCCCUACUGUCAACAGUCUAGAGCCUUUGGGUCGAAUUUAAAGCAUCCGCGUUCUGAUUUGAGCUCUUGACCUUUUGAGCUUCCGAGCCUUUGUUCCGCCUGUUGACAACAGCUGAAAGCUUUAGAGUCGAAUUCAAAGCAUACCCGUUCCGAUACCCUCACGCUCGCGCUUACGGUGGCGUGCCGUUAAUGCUAACUCGCGAGCAGUCGCGUUAAAGUUUCAGGCAUACACCCGUGACGCGUCAGAAGCUUCGGCCUUAGAAAGCGACUAUUACCAGCCCUAAACACCAGGACCCGUACCUGACCGUGUUUAGAUAAUUAGAAAGCGGUUACGAGGUUACAAGAGUUUGAGGUUAUGUUAUGAGGUUACAAGGGUUUUAGGUUACCAGGUUAUGGGCCGCCUCAUGAGCACGCGUGUGUGGUGGUAGGUCCUAGUAGCAGGGAGAGCAAAGGGAGGAGGUGGCCGAAGGAGGGGAGUAAAGAAACGGGGAACGCAUGGUGAAGGCAAGGGGAAGGGGUCGAUUGCGGCGAGUAGGGGUCGAUUGUGGCGAGUAGGGGUCGAUUGUGGCGAGUAGGGGUCGAUUGCGGCGAGUAGGAGUCGAUUGCGGCGAGUAGGGGUCGAUUGCGGCGAGUUUGGUGAUAGUAGCCGGGAGAGUCAAGGGAAGAGGUAGCGUAGGCGGAGGAGGAGAAUCAGGAAAGGGGGAACGCACGGUGAAGGCAAGGGAAGGGGUUAGUUGCGGCGAGUUUGAAGGAAGAGGAAACAGGAAGGGGGGAAGGGGAGACGAAGAGGGGGGAAGGGGGGAAGCGGGAGCGGGGAUGGCGAUGCAAGGAGGAGCCGGGCGGGGGGGAGGGCGAGGGGGGCCGGUGCAGGCGGGGGGAGGGCGCGGGGGAGGCGGAGGGGGAAGGGGAGGCGGGCCGUUGCAGGGGGGGGCGGCGGAUCCCACACCUGCGGCGAUCACGUUCACCAAGGAGCCGGUGAUGGAAGACAAACGCCCGCGGAAAAUCAAGAGCGUGCGGUUCAGCACCAUGAGCGCGCACGAGAUCAUGAAGAGCGCGGAGGUGCAGAUAUCGGAGAGGAGCCUGUACCAGCUGCCAGAGAGGAAACCCACACCGUUUGGUGUACUCGAUACAAGGCUGGGAACGACAAACAAGAAGGGCGAAUGCACGACGUGCAACGGCACGCUGCAGGACUGCGCAGGGCACUUUGGGUACAUCCGCCUGGAGCUGCCUGUUUACCACAUCGGGUACUUCAAAGUCAUCCUGCUCACGCUGCAGUGCAUCUGCAAGAACUGCUCGCGCAUUCUCCUGAGUGACGAGGAGCGCCGGCAGUGGCUGAAGAAGUUCCGGCACCCGCGGGUGGAGGUGCUGCAGAAGAAGGCGAUGGUGAAGCGAGUGGCGGAGAAAUGCAAACGGACACGCAUGUGCCACUACUGCGGGGACAACAACGGCACUGUCAAGAAGCUGACCGGCACAUUAAAGCUGUCCCACGACAAGUACGGCAAGGACCUGGACGCCAAGGACGAGGUGGUGAGACGCAUGGAGGCGGCGGUGGAGGCGAAUAAGGAGAUAGCGCAGCAUGCACAGAAGGUGGCGGACGACCUCAACCCCGUGCGGGUGCUGUGGCUGUUCGAACGGAUGUUGGACGAGGACUGUGAAUUGCUGGAUCUCUACUACCGCCCCGAGCGCCUGAUCGUGACGCACCUGUCAGUGCCCCCAGUGGCCAUCCGACCAUCAGUGGUGAUGGAGUCGGCUGCAGGGAGCAACGAGGACGAUGCGACGAUGAAGCUGGCCGUGAUCAUUGAAGUGAACAGCGCGCUCAGACUGGGCAUUCAGAAGGGAUUGCCCAUGCCCAACCUCGUGGAGAACUGGGAUUUCCUGCAGCUGCAAGUCGGCCUCUACAUCAACUCAGAGCUCCCCGGGUUGCCCCUAGCAGCACAGCCCACCAAGCCGACGCGUGGCUUCGUGCAGCGGCUCAAGGGCAAGCAGGGGCGGUUCAGGCAGAACCUGUCGGGGAAGAGGGUCGACUUCAGUGGGAGAACCGUCAUUUCCCCAGACCCCAACCUGAAGAUCUCAGAGGUGGCGGUGCCCAUGCACAUGGCGCAGCUGCUGACCUUCCCCGAGGCAGUCAACCGCCACAACAUCCAUAAGCUCAGGCAGCUCGUCAUCAACGGCACGGCCAAGUACCCAGGGGCUAAUUUCGUGGUCUACCCCAACGGCAACAAGUGGUUCCUCAAGUAUGGCGAUCGUAGGAGAGUCGCAGCGGAGCUCAAGUACGGGGACAUAGUGGAAAGACACCUGGAGGACGGGGACAUGGUGCUCUUCAACCGCCAGCCCAGUCUGCAUCGAAUGUCCAUCAUGUGCCACAGGGCCCGGGUGAUGCCGUGGAAGACCCUGCGCUUCAACGAGAGUGUGUGCAACCCGUACAACGCAGACUUUGACGGCGACGAGAUGAACAUGCACGCGCCGCAGACAGAGGAGGCCCGCACAGAGGCUCUGCUACUCAUGGGGGUGGAGAACAACCUGUGCACGCCUAAGAACGGGGACAUCCUCGUGGCAUCCACCCAGGACUUCCUCACAUCCGCCUUCCUCAUCACCCGCCGAGACACCUUCUACGACCGGGCGUCCUUCUGCCUGCUGUGCUCCUACAUGGCGGAUGGGCUCAUGCACAUCGACAUCCCCACGCCCGCGCUGCUCAAGCCCGUGGAGCUGUGGACGGGCAAGCAGCUCAUGAGUGUGCUCGUGCGGCCGUCAGCUCAGGACCGCGUGUUUGUCACAUUGGGCGUGCCCGAGAAGACGUACACCAAGAAGGGCGGGCCGUUCUGUGUGAAUGAUGGGUUCGUCUUCUUCCGGAACAGCGAACUGUUGUCGGGGCAACUUGGAAAGGCCACUCUAGGCAACGGCAGCAAGCAGGGUUUGUUUGCGCUGCUCAUGCGCGAGUACUCGGCUCAAGUGGCGGCCGUGUGCAUGAACCGACUGGCCAAGCUCAGUGCACGUUGGAUCGGCAACCACGGGUUCUCCAUCGGAAUCGACGACGUGCAGCCAUCAAAGCACCUGUACGAGCAGAAGCAGAAGGCGGUGGAGGAGGGGUACGACGCCAGCCAGCGCCACAUCCAAGCCUUUAACGAGGGCCGCCUCACCCUGCAGCCCGGGUGCAACCCUGCACAGACCCUGGAGGCCAAUAUCACCGGCGAGCUCAACAAGAUUCGAGAGGAGGCCGGAAAGGUGUGUCUGCGCGAGCUGCACUGGCGCAACAGCCCGCUCAUCAUGUCACAGUGCGGCUCCAAGGGGUCCCCCAUCAACAUAUCGCAGAUGGUGGCGUGUGUGGGCCAGCAGUCUGUGGGCGGAAAGAGAGCCCCCAACGGCUUUCUGCACCGCUCACUGCCGCACUUCCCCCGCCAUGAUCGCUCGCCACAGGCGAAGGGGUUUGUGGCAAAUUCGUUCUACAGCGGACUGACGCCCACCGAGUUCGUAUUCCACACGAUGGGGGGCAGAGAGGGCCUCGUCGACACCGCUGUGAAAACAGCAGAGACAGGGUACAUGUCGCGGCGCCUGAUGAAGGCCCUGGAGGAUCUGUCAGUGGCGUACGACGGCACUGUGAGGAACGCGAGUGGGGGCAUUGUGCAGAUGCGAUAUGGUGAUGACGGCAUGGACCCCGUGCACAUGGAGGGGAAGGACGGGGAGCCCCUUAACCUCGAUCGCACAUUCACUAAGUGCCAGGCUGUGCGCCCCAUGCGGAAAGACCCACCGCUCUUCCCCGACGAGAUGCGCAUGCACAUGCAGACAAGGUUCGCCGCCCCGGAGUACGCCGACCCCGAGUCGGAGGGCGGGUGCUCGACACGGUUCCGAGACUCGGUGGUGGGGUUCCUGGAGAAACAGCUGGGGGCGAUGGAGAUCACGAGGAAGAGAUUAGGGUUACCGGGAGAAGGGGAGGGGGAGGGGGGGAAGAGGAAGGUGCUGGAGAGGGGGGUUGCUGAGAAGGUGGCUCAGAACCUGUGUGGCGUGACAAGGAAGCAACUGGAGCUAUUCCUGGACACCUGCAUCCACCGCUACCAGUCCAAGCGCAUGGAGCCCGGCACAGCAGUGGGGGCCAUAGGGGCGCAGUCCAUCGGCGAGCCGGGCACGCAGAUGACUCUCAAGACCUUCCAUUUCGCCGGUGUUGCUUCCAUGAACGUCACCCUCGGUGUGCCGCGAAUUAAGGAGAUUAUCAACGCGGCCAAGAACAUCAGCACGCCCAUCGUGACCGUGAAGCUGGAGACAGACAACGAUGUCAAGGCGGCUAGGAUCGUCAAAGGGCGCAUAGAGAAGACCACGCUGGGAGAGGUGGUCAGAAGCAUGAAGACCGUCCUGACGCCCAGCCAGGCCAUGCUGUCCAUCCGCCUGGACAUGCACCGCAUCUCCGCCCUGCAGCUCGACAUCACUGCAUACACCGUGGCCGACGCCAUCACCACGGCGUCGCGGCUGCGCAUGAAGCUGAAGGCGCAGCAUAUACGCGUGGUGAGCGCGGACAAGCUGCUGGUGUACUCGCCCGAGCAGGACCGCAGGCAGCUGCUCUUCUCGCUGCACAACCUCAGGAACAAGCUGCCGCAAGUCAUCGUGAAGGGCAUACCCAGCGUGGAGAGAGCGGUUAUCAAUGACCUGGGCGGGGGGAAGUACAACCUUCUGGUCGAAGGAACAAACUUCGGCGCAGUGCUGGGAGUGACAGGGGUGGACGGGUGCAAGACGAAGAGCAACCACGUGAUGGAGGUGGAGACGGUGUUGGGGAUAGAGGCGGCCCGGCACUGCAUCAUGCAUGAGAUCAACUACACCAUGGGAUCGCACGGCAUGACCAUUGACCCCCGCCACAUGAUGCUGCUCGCUGACGUCAUGACCUACAAGGGCGAGAUCCUAGGAAUCACGCGGUUUGGAAUCGCAAAGAUGAAGGACAGCGUGCUCAUGCUGGCGUCCUUUGAGAAGACCACGGACCACCUCUUUGACGCGGCGGUGCACGGGCGCAAGGACGAGAUCGAGGGGGUCAGCGAGUGCAUCAUCAUGGGGAUUCCCAUGCCGGUUGGCACUGGGCUGUUCAAGAUCAAGCAGAAGGUGGACCACAUCCCAGUCCUUCCCAAGCGGGCUCCUCUGCUGCUGGGAUAGCCACAGUGCGAUGAAGCCAGGAAAGGUCGGAAGGCUGUCUGUUGGGCUGAAAGACAGAGAUGAUGCUUGGUAGUUGUGGCACAAGCGUGGUUGUGCCUGUACAGUGUAGGGGUGAUGCGAUGUGAUGGUGGAUGCCAGUUUUAGCCCAGUGAUUCUCCUUAUGGCUGUGAAUGGUGUUUGCUGAAUGACUGUUCAAGAUCAAGCAGAAGUGAGUCAAAAGGGGGGUAGUGGGAGAACAGGCAAUAUGGUGUGUGCAGGGCUUUGAGGACAAGAUCGCAGGGGUCUCGGACUG